AUGUCUGCAUCCAACCGUUGUGCAGCUUGCAAAUGCCUUAGAAGAAGAUGCCCUGAAGAUUGUGUUUUGGCACCUUAUUUUCCUUCCACAAAGCCUCAAAGAUUCGCAUGUGUGCACAGAAUAUAUGGUGCAAGCAAUGCUAGUAAAAUGUUACAGCAAGUCCCAGUUCAUUUACGCGCGCAAGCUGCCGACUCGAUGUCCAUUGAAGCGCAUCUCCGUAUCCAGGACCCCGUUUAUGGGUGCGUCAGGAUCAUAUCCCAACUACAACAUGAAAUAUACAUGACUCAGUACGAGCUAGCGAAGACGCAAGCUGAAAUGGCGCUCUACGAUGUUCGACGGACCGAACCGGCUCGAGUCCAAGAUGAAGGGAACUGA